UUAACUCGCCACGUUGCCGGACGUUCAUCAGCGGACCGCUGGUGUGCAACACUUACUUGUUGGUUGGGGAUAUCUCAAUGACAAUUGAUCAUUCGUCAAAUAAACUCAGAAAAAGCCUUAUCCAGAAACAGACGCAGCCGUCAAAAAUUACUGUUAGUACGGGAAAUCCUUGAAUAUAAUGGAGACUUCAGCCGAACAAGCUGAAGAAAUCGAAGCGUUAAUAGCUAUUUAUGAUCAAGAUUUUAUUGUCAUCGACGAAGCUAACAGAAUCUAUGAAAUCCGCAUUUGCCACCAAAGUGAUUCCUGGUGGUCAGCUACUCUGCAAGUCCUUUUACCGCCACAAUACCCAGACCGGGUUCCCCCUGUAUUCGAAAUUCAUUCCGCCUGGAUGAGUGAUGCUGAUAUGUUUGAAGCCUCAGACUUGUUAUAUACCAUUUACCGAGAACAUCAAGGUCAGAUUAUAAUUUAUCAGUGGGUAGAGGCCUUGAGGACUUUCAUUGAUAAAAAAUUUAAUGAUCAAGAACCGAUUGAUGCCAAAGGAUCGAGAAGUGAUGUUUCCCUUAAAUAUCACGGUGAGAACAUCAAAUUAUCAGAAACAAUUGAAGAUGGUGAUUCUGAGAAGGAUCAGACAGCAAAUCUCAGUUGCAAUGGUGAGGAUGCUUUGAAAUUAAUCAGGAGUGAAAGAUCAGACCUGUGCCCAGAGAUUACUCAUGGGGAACCUUUUACAGACAGGAAAAGUACUUUUCAAGCACAUCUUGCUCAUGUUAUAAUACUGGAUCAAGUUUCAGGAGUACUACAAGAGUUAAAGAAAAACCGGAAAGUAAACAAUGCUACCCACAAUGUUAUGGCAUAUAGAAUAUUUUGUAAGGACCGAAACUGUUUUCUUCAAGACUGUGAUGAUGAUGGUGAGGCAGCAGCGGGCUCAAGACUUUUACACCUGUUACAAAUAUUAAAUGUCAGAGAUGUUGUUGUUGUGGUAACCCGUUGGUAUGGUGGGAUUCUUUUAGGGCCUGACAGAUUUAAGCAUUAUAACAACUGUGCACGGAAUUUAAUGAAAGAUGCAGGCCUCAUAGAUAUCAGUCCACAGUUUAAAGAAUCAAAACUCAAAAGUAGAUUUAAACCAGGGAAAAGACAAUAAUGAGUUAGAUCCCAUUGCUGUUUGGUGGGUCAAUUUUAUGUAGAUUUGCGUAAAUUGUUGUUAUAUCUUCCACUGUUCCUUCGGGUGUCUUAGGUACAUAUGUAGUGACAAAAUUUCAUUUGUACCCAUAUUUUAAAGAAAGAAAUUGCUGAGAUAAAUAUGUAUGCCCACAAGUCAAACUGAUGAUAAGUUUGAUGUUGUGUCAGUUUUGUAGCAGCCUCGUGUCAUUAAAAACUGUGACUGAAGAACAUGUUCUUGCUUGAGAUAACUUCAAGGUGAUUCCUCCGAAUUGCAAUGGGCAUGAAUUUCACAUAAUCAGGCAAAUAACUACGUACAUGUUCCAAGAACAUGGUAUUGCUUUUCAGUCAAUGGACUAUGUAAAGAUGGUCUUCAGCCCUUGAACUAGUACAAUGAACUACGUCGUUAUUGUGUAAUUUUGGCAUGCAAAUUAUCCCCUGUAGAUUGCAGAAAAUAAAAAUUAUAUUGGGUGAAAAAA